GUCAAAUAACAGUCAAAUUUGAAAUUUUGACAACAAAUAUUUACUAUUUACUAGUCUACUAAUCAAUCAAAUCCUGAUUAAUUUUCAAAUAAUAUAUGAAUAAUUCUAAUUUCCAAGAUUAGGAAAUAUGAGUUUGUCAGGAAGAACUAAUAAGACAAGCAUAUUAGACAAACCUCUCAGUAAAGGUAAAGGAGAAGUAUCAUUGAAUUGUUUUGCCCUGCUGUUUUCAGAAAUAGUGCAAUAUUGUCAGAACAAAUCACAGACUGUCCCUGAACUCCAGAAUAGGUUACAUGAACUUGGCAGGAAAGUUGGUGUUAAGCUAAUUGAUCUUUACUUUGUGAGAGAAAGGGGAGGAAAAAGGGAAAUCAAACUACUCAAUAUCCUUCUUUUUGUCAAGUCUACAUUAUGGAAAACACUAUUUGGUAGAGAGGCUGAUAAACUGGAACACUCUAAUGAUGAUGAAAACACAUAUUAUCUGAUGGAGAAAGACCCCCUAGUCAAUAAGUAUAUCUCAGUACCACGUGACAAGAGUAGUUUGAACUGUGCUGUGUUUAUUGCUGGUAUUGUUGAAGCAGUAUUAACAGGAACUGGAUUUCCUGCCAAAGUUACUGCACAUUGGCAUAAAGGAACAACAUAUAUGGUUAAAUUUGAUGAAGCUGUGGUAGCAAGAGAUAAACAUUUGGAGGAAAAAUGAAUAUAACAUUGAAUCAACCUAAAUUAUAGAAUAAAUAAAUUUUUUCCUUUUGAA